AUGGCACCAGCCGCCGACUCCCCGUCUCAGGUUGACACCCCGAUGACAGAUGUCAAUGAUGAGGCUAUCCCAUCAGUUCCCGUGGACGCGCCGAGCUACCAAGAUACCCCUGAUUACACGGACUCGGAUACCAACCCUAAUACCACAGCGAGCAGCGUCGCAGGCGAUGUUGCUUUAGGAGAUGGCCGACGACGCAGAUCAGAGGCUACACAGUUGAGGAAAAGUAUUCUGGGCAAGAAGCAAAGCCGCCUGGACGAGUCAAAGGAAGAUGAUUCGAUUCGCCGAUUCCGUUACCUUCUCGGUCUGACUGAUUUGUUCCGCCACUUCAUCGAAACCAACCCUAACCCUCGUAUCAAGGAGAUCAUGGCUGAGAUCGAUCGUCAAAACGAGGAGUCGGAGGCCAAGGCUCGCAAAGUGACUGCGCGGUCGGGUGGUGCAGGCGGAGAUAGACGCCGCAGAACUGAGCAGGAAGAGGAUGCAGAGCUUCUGCAAGAUGAGAAAAGUGGUGGCGAAACGACUACAGUGUUCCGAGAAUCACCCGCUUUCAUUCACGGAGAGUUGCGUGACUACCAGAUUGCCGGUCUCAACUGGCUGGUUUCUCUCCAUGAGAAUGGUAUCUCCGGUAUCCUUGCCGAUGAGAUGGGUCUUGGAAAGACCCUGCAGACUAUCUCGUUCCUGGGUUAUUUGCGCUACGUCUGUGACAUCACUGGUCCCCACUUGGUUGCAGUUCCCAAGUCUACCCUGGACAACUGGAAGAGAGAAUUCGCCAAGUGGAUUCCGGAAGUUGAUGUCGUGGUCCUUCAGGGUGACAAGGAGGAGCGCCAACGCCUCAUCAAUGAGCGCUUGGUGGAUGAGAAAUUCGACGUUUGCAUUACCAGUUAUGAGAUGAUUCUUCGCGAGAAGUCGGCCCUGAAGAAGUUCGCUUGGGAAUACAUCAUUAUCGAUGAAGCUCACCGUAUCAAGAAUGAGGAGUCUUCGUUAUCUCAGAUCAUCCGUCUAUUCAACUCGCGCAACCGCCUUUUGAUCACCGGAACUCCUCUACAGAAUAAUCUACAUGAGCUAUGGGCCCUACUUAAUUUCUUGUUGCCGGAUGUUUUCGGUGAUUCAGAGGCAUUUGAUCAGUGGUUUUCCAACCAAGAAUCUGACCAGGACACUGUUGUGCAACAGCUUCACCGUGUUCUUCGACCUUUCCUCCUUCGACGUGUUAAAAGCGAUGUCGAAAAGAGUUUGCUUCCGAAGCAGGAGAUGAAUCUUUACGUGCCCAUGUCUGAUAUGCAGGUGAAGUGGUACCAGAAGAUUCUGGAAAAGGAUAUUGAUGCCGUCAACGGUGCUGCUGGCAAGCGCGAGUCCAAGACCCGUCUGUUGAAUAUUGUUAUGCAGUUGCGAAAGUGCUGCAACCACCCCUACCUCUUUGAAGGCGCCGAGCCUGGCCCUCCAUACACGACUGAUGAACAUCUUGUAUUCAACUCUGGCAAGAUGGCUAUCUUGGAUAAGCUCCUAGGACGUAUGCAGGCCGAUGGAAGUCGUGUUCUGAUCUUUUCCCAGAUGAGCCGUGUCCUGGAUAUCCUGGAAGAUUACUGUGUCUUCCGUGAAUACAACUACUGUCGAAUUGAUGGUACCACGGCCCAUGAGGACCGUAUUGCUGCGAUCGAUGACUACAAUAAGCCGGGCUCAGAGAAGUUCAUUUUCCUUCUCACCACCCGUGCUGGUGGUCUGGGUAUUAACCUGACCACUGCCGAUAUUGUGGUACUCUUUGACAGCGAUUGGAAUCCCCAAGCCGAUUUACAGGCCAUGGAUCGUGCUCAUCGAAUUGGUCAGACCAAGCAGGUCAAGGUUUUCCGGUUUGUUACUGAAAAUGCCAUUGAGGAAAAGGUGCUCGAACGAGCAGCCCAAAAGUUGCGCCUGGAUCAACUUGUCAUUCAGCAAGGCCGUGCUCAGCAGCAGUCUAAGAACGCUCACUCGAAGGAUGACUUGCUUGGAAUGAUUCAACACGGUGCGGCCAAUGUUUUCAAAGCUAAGGGUGAUGCGGAGGAUAGUUCCAACGAUAUCACUCAGGACGACUUUGAAGCUAUUCUGCGCAAGGGCGAAGAGCGAACCGCUGAGUUGAACAAGAAGUACGAGAAAUUGGGUAUCGAUGAUCUUCAAAAAUUCAGCUCCGAGAGCGCCUACGAAUGGAAUGGCCAAGACUUUACCGAGCGCAAGAAGGAUAUCGGCAUGACUUGGAUCAACCCGGCCAAGCGUGAGCGUAAGGAACAGUUCUAUUCUAUUGAUAAGUACUACCGCCAGGCUCUGGCUACAGGUGGCCGAACUGCCGACACAAAACCCAAGGCCCCGCGCGCUCCCAAACAAAUCACAGUUCACGACUGGCAGUUCUUCCCGCCUGGUCUGCAGGAAUUGCAGGAGAAGGAGACUGCCUACUUUCACAAAGAGAUUGGAUACAAGGCUCCUUUGCCUGAAGGUCCUGAGGAAGAGCUCAGUGAACGCGAAGCUGAGCGUGAUCUCGAGCAACAAGAGAUUGAUAACGCUCAGCCAUUGACUAAGGAAGAACGUGUCGAAAAGGAACGCAUGUCAGAGGAAGGCUUCUCUACUUGGAACCGCCGUGAUUUCCAACAAUUCGUCAAUGGAUCCGCCAAGUUUGGUCGCACCGAUUAUGUGGGUAUCGCCACAGAAGUUGACAGCAAAGAACCAGAUGAGGUUGAGGAGUAUGCCGAGGUCUUCUGGCAGCGAUACACUGAAGUCCAAGAUUACCCCAAAUACCUUCGGGUGAUCGACCAGGGUGAAGAUAAGCUUCGCAAGAUGAAUCACCAGCGUAAGAUGCUGCGUAAGAAGAUGGAGAUGUACCGCGUGCCGCUCCAGCAACUCAAAAUUAACUACACUGUGUCUACGACCAACAAGAAGGUGUACACCGAAGAAGAGGAUCGCUUCCUUUUGGUCAUGCUGGAUAAGUACGGAGUUGAAGGCGAUGUCCUGUACGAGAAAAUCCGUGACGAGGUUCGGGAAUCGCCUCUUUUCCGCUUCGAUUGGUUCUUCCUCAGCCGUACCCCAGUGGAGAUUGGUCGGCGUUGCACUACCUUGCUGAACACUGUGGCAAAGGAAUUUGAACCCGACACCAAGGCCAAUGGGGAGAGCAAGACAGAUGGUAAAUCCCGCGGUCGAGACCGUGAUGAGGAUGAAGAGAACGAUGACGCGGCGGCACCUGCAAAGAAGAAGGCUAAGAAUGGCGCCACAACCAAGGCUAAAGCUGCCAAGGGUGCUAGCAAGACUGCCUCUGCCACAACUUCGCGGGCUGCCAGUGUCUCUAAUGCCCCCAAGUCUAAGACUCGAAAGAGAUGA